CCUUGGAUAGCCUUUGAAGUCUAUUAUCUCAAUUGAGUGGUCUUUGUUCGAGGAGAGAAGGCUUAUCUUGCAAAAAUCGAGCUGGAACGAGCAAAGGUCUGUGAACUCGAGCUGUGAGAGUGCUGAGACUGUUUGGUCGAUAUCUCGAGUUUUACAAGUCCAAUUAAGGCGUGUGAGAUACCCACAGAAAGCUCUCAAGACGAGGAAUCCGUGAAGGUCUGGUUUGCAGGAAUCGGAAUUGUGGAAGGCUUCCAAAUCGUCCGAGCAAAACACAACCUCGCAGGAGAGGAUUUAAUCUUCUAAAGUGAGUUUUAACCCCAAAGCUUUACUUUUCAUUCUCCAAAUGAUAUGAACGAUUGGUGAGACUAUUAUACACUAAUCCAAGUGUAUAAUAUGUCCCUAAAAAGUUAUCUUAUUGAUGUAAAGGUUAGAUACUAACCUAGAUUCAAAUAUUGGAAAACUAGGAAUCGAGUUAGCCGGAAAACACCCGUUCUAGGGGCUGUUUUCGUAUCAACGAUUAAGGGUUGAACUAGCACUUUGAGGAGGCUGUUUAACACUCAUAUUUGAGCAAGGAAUCAGUCCCAAAUCCACCUUGACCAAAGAUUUGACCAUUGGACCAAGAAGGGAAAGUUUAAAGCUCAAUUGAGGUUGAGGCUAGAGCUUGCUUCCUGUGCUCGUUGAUCGAGUGAUUCCUUGGAGAGAAGACUUGAAAUGGACCGUGGUGGCAGGAUUACUAGGAGAAACCCGACGGGUCGUGUACCAGUGGAGACUGGACAGGGCAGUCGAAGGACCUCUAGGGCAUCUAGAGGAGCUGGCCGUGGAGGCCGAUCACAGACCGUGAGUGACGGUCAUGUCGACACGGAAAGUGAAACCUACUGGUCCUAUGAGGACUCGACCUAUCGACCGGAAACUGAACCGGUUGAGACCCCUUAUGAAGGGGAUGAUGACGAUGUAAGUGAUGAGGAGGAAAAUGGCUCCUUAGCACGGAUCGAAACACUACUCCAACAAUACCACCGGGAGCGUGAAGAGAGGAGGCAACGCCGAAGACGCCGAGCGGGGCAACCUUCGGGCAUGGCUUCAAGAGGAGGAAGUCAUGGUACAUCUAGAGUCCAUGUGGAACCACAUGGGGGUCGGGGUGAUGGAGGUCCAAUCAUAAGGAUCUCCAAAUACAUCAAAGAGGCACGAGACUUGGGGUGCAAACCGUUCGAUGGGACGGGUGACAUCUCCGUUUCGGCACAAUGGAUUAAGCGGCUGAAUGAGGCAGCCCUGGACAUGCAACUCACCCCCGAAUAUAAACUAAGGGUUGCGGUAAGAUUGCUCGAGGGGAUGGCAUCCAAGUGGUGGGAUGGAACCAAGAGCAAGUACGGUGAGACCGUCGUUUGGGAAGACUUCCAACGGGAGUUCUUUGCCCAAUAUUAUUCUGAUUUUGAAGUGAACAAGAAGGUGAGGGAAUACACCCUCCUAACCCAAGGGGGUAACAUGACAGUGAAGGAACUUGAGUACAAGUUCCGGGAUCUCGCCGACUACAUACCGGAGUAUGCUUGCGACGAGAACCGAAUGGUAAACCACUUUUGGGAUGCUCUAGACUUGGAGAUACGUGACAGGGCAACACAAUUGCCUAACAUGACGUUUGCCCAAGUGGUUGACCAAGGGUUGAAAGGAGAGAAGCAAUGGGAAGAAAGGAAGAAGAGAGACGCCGAGGAGGCGAAAAAGAGAAAGUGGGAGAGUCAUGGCUCCCAAGGUUCCAACAAAAAGGGGAACCACGGAGGAGGAUCUUUCCGGGCACCACCGCCACCAUAUAGGGGGAACCAAGGCCCGAGUGGGCAAGGCGCGAGGUCACAAACCUCAGUGGUAGCUCGUUGCAACAAUUGCAAGAAGAACCACUCCGGUAAAUGUCGCGACCCCCCUAGAUGUUUUCAAUGCGGGGAUGCCGGGCAUUUGAAGGCACAUUGCCCACAAUUGAGUGGGGCAAGGACAUCGGGGCCGAGUAGCGGUCCGACGGGUACACGGAAUCAAACCGGAGCUUCUCAAGCGAGCCGGGGACAUGGGGGAGCGAGUACGAGCAACGCGCCAUCCGUGAAUCAAGGAAGAACUCAAGCUAGAGUUUAUGCGAUGACGGAGGCGGAUGCUCGAGCUAACCCGGACUCGGUUGCAGGU